AUGUCGAGACAUCUUAUUCUUCCUUUUCUGCUAGUUCUUGCAGGCUCUGCUGAAGUUUUCGAUAUCAUGACUGAUAUUCAAGAUCUGAGAGUACCUGAUAACACUACUUGUAUUCAGGAACAUCAACGUCUGGCCGAAUGUGUUAAACCACAUGCAACUCUCAUCAACUAUGUCAUGUCAACAUUCAAAGAAACUGAUGUCUACAACAUUGGUUUUAUGAGAAAGGCACUCCAAAUCUCAAAGAAUGUUUCCGAAUGCUUGGGUCAUGAGAUUCAAUGUCCCGUUCCGAAAUUCGUUGUUUUUUCAUUGGACACCGCUAUCUAUGCUGGAGAGAAGUUGUACGGUGAUGCAUUCCACUGCUUCAUUAAUGCCCAAGGACUCGAAAUCACUGAGAACUGCGUCAAAAGUGUCUCCAGGGGACCCAGUUCAAUCUUUUGGCUUGACUCCUCAAAAUUCCAAACUUCCAAAAACGAAUUAACCGAGUGUGUUGCCAAAAAGCUUUACGGUGUUCCUUCAUGUUCAAUCGGAAGAAUUGUUAGCCUGUAUCAAGCUGGUACUGCUGGAAUUGAUUGGAUGUUUGAGGCAUCUCAGUUUGACGCUGGAGAACCAACUGGAUCGAUUUUCAAUGGUGAUAAGUAUUGUGAUUAUUAA